CUGGUUCCCGAGUCCUUGCCCUUGCCCUUGCCCUUGUUUAUCUGGUUUUCCUGUUUUGACCCCUGCCUGCUUCCCUGGACUAUUCUUUGUGUUUUGUGGAUUUCUGUACAUCUGCCUGUUUGGACUGACCCCCUGGAUUUUGACCGUGGCUUGUUUUGUGACUACGCUCUGUCUGUCCCAUCACCUACAGAACAUAAUCAGAGAGUAUGGAACGGUCAGCAGAAGGGAUGAAGAAGGAGAGGGAGACUGCAGAAAGGCCAUUGGAGGAGAGGGGGCAGUGGGGGAGUAAGGUGGAGUUCCUCCUGGCAGUGGCAGGGAGCAUAGUGGGGCUGGGAAACGUGUGGAGGUUCCCAUACCUCUGCUACAAGAAUGGCGGCGGAGCAUUCCUUGUGCCAUAUCUGGUCUUUGUGGUGACCUGUGGGAUACCCCUGUUCCUGCUGGAGACUGCCAUGGGGCAGUACACCCGGGAGGGGGCCAUCACCUGCUGGAGGAAGCUGUGCCCAUUGGCUGAGGGGGUUGGCUAUGCAGGUCAGCUGAUCCUGAUUUACAAUGUCAUCUGUUAUAUGAUCAUCCUGGCCUGGGCCCUCUUCUACCUCUACUUCUCCUUCAGCUCUGAGCUGCCCUGGGCCAGCUGCUCCAACACCUGGAACUCAGAUCACUGUGUGGAUUUCUCCAAUCAAAACCUCACCGCAAACUGGACCCAACAGCCCAACAGCUCAUCUUCUGCAGCCACCGAGUUUUGGGAGAGACGUGUGCUGCUGAUCUCGGGGGGCAUUGAGGAAGUGGGCAGUGUGAGGUGGGAGCUGCUCCUGUGUCUCAUCAUGAUAUGGGUCAUCUCCUACUUCUGCAUCUGGAAGGGAGUGAAGUCUACAGGCAAGGCAGUUUAUUUCACAGCUACAUUCCCAUAUCUGAUGCUUUUGGUGUUGUUGAUACGAGGGCUAACUCUACCUGGAGCUCUGCAGGGGGUGGAGUUCUACCUGUACCCUGACCCCUCCCGCCUGGCAGACCCACAGGUGUGGAUGGAGGCAGGAGCUCAGAUCUUCUUCUCCUACAGUCUUGGAGUGGGUACUCUGACUGUGCUGGGUAGCUACAACACUUAUAACAACAACUGCUACAAGGACAGUUUAUGGCUAUGUCUGCUGAACAGCGGGACCAGCCUGGUGGCAGGAUUUGCGGUCUUUUCUGUACUGGGGUUCAUGGCACAUGAGCAGGGUGUCCCCAUAGAGGAAGUGACAGAAUCAGGACCUGGUCUGGCAUUCAUUGCGUACCCCCAAGCGGUAGCAAUGAUGCCCCUACCUCAGCUGUGGGCCACCUGCUUCUUCAUCAUGAUCAUUCUGUUGGGCCUGGACACUCAGUUUGUGGGCUUGGAGGUGGUGAUGACAUCGGUGACGGACCUGUUUCCCAAAGUACUACGGAGGUCUGGGCGCAGAGAGAUCUUCCUCCUGCUCUUCUGCCUCACCUGCUUCGUCUUGGAGCUGGUGAUGGUCACACAGGGGGGGAUGUAUGUGUUCCAGCUCCUGGACUACUAUGCCUGUAAUGGGGUCUGUAUGUUCUUUGUGUGUGUGUUCAAGGUUCUCGCCAUGGGCUGGCUGUUUGGGGCGGAGCGCAUGAUGGAUGUGAUCGAGGACAUGACCGGGGAACGGCCCAGCCUCAUCUUUAAGCUCUGCUGGCUCUACUUCACCCCACUGGUGACCCUGGGAUCCUUCAUCUUCUCUGUGGUGAAGUACCAGCCCCUGACCUUUAACCGCUGGUAUGUGUAUCCAGACUGGGCGUACGUGCUGGGCUGGCUGCUGGCCCUCUCCUCUGUUGUACUGGUGCCGGGGUGGAGUCUGGUCAAGCUCUCCAUCAGCACUGGCACUCUCAGACAGCGAUGGUCUCAUCUGUGUGACCCUGGUGAUGACCUCCCCCUGACCCGGAAGCAAAUGGCUGAGCGAGAACAUGCAAUUACUGCCACAGAGAUGGAAGAGUUGAUGACCAACUAAUUCAUACUUUGCAGACAGAGCAUGGGUGUUUUUUAACAGGUUGCAUCCUGACAACACACCUGAUUUUGCUUCCCAACACAACAAAAGUGUGCAUUUAAAAAUCAUAUCAGUAACCUAGGGUCAUUCUUGUCAGGUAUGGCUUUAAAUAGAGAGCCAUUGUUUUGGUUUUUUACCAAAGAAAUGUUUUUGAGCGUUCAAUCUUAGCCUUUUCCUCAACUGUGCCCAACUGAUGCAAGCAAGUACACAAUUGCUUUUUUCAGUACUUUGCAGUCACAUAGUUAUUUCACAGUGAAAUUAAUUAAGAUAUUGUGUGUGAGGUCAUGUUAAACAAUGUAUCAUACAAGUAAACAAAGCACAUACAUUGAAAUGCACUGGGAU